GGUUAAUUCUGUCUGAUUCAACCGGUAUCGCUCUGCCACCUGUUAAAACUGGCUCACUGGCCACUUUGCUCAUUGUCAGUAGCAGAAAGUAAACAAACAAGAUGAGAGAAGAAAUUCACCCCAUCAUGCCCAUCAACGUUUUUCCCGUUUUUGCUGCCGUCAGCGUCGAAAAAGCUGUCAACUGCAAGAACAAGAACAGCAACAACUCGAUCUUUUUGCUGUCCUCCUGCCGUUUUCUCGACGGACAGUGCCUUUUACCUUUCACAUGCAUGAAGACGCUUCUACAAUUACGAUUUCGGCAGUAUUUUUAAUAAGAAAAGAAGAGUUCGCUGUGACGAGCAACCCUGAAAGAGUCCCUGACGGCUGGGAAAAAUUAUUGGACUAUAAAACACAUAGACGAAGAACAGGACUCGUUCUCAUCCAAACUGCUAAAAAGCCAAAAUGGGAGGAAGGGGAAAAGGAAAAGGAAGAAAUCGCGGCCGAGGUCGAGGCGAUCAGGAUGGAGAAGAGGAGGAAUUUCCGCAGUUGGGUGGGCUGCGAAUCGACACUAGCGUCCAGGAACAGGCUCCGGUCGCUCCCAGUUGGCCGAGGCGCGGCUCCACCUUGUCGGCGCCAAAAACCACGCCGCAGGAAAUCCAGCAUUCGACGCCGACGGAAUGGCCUUCCAGACCCAGCUCCAGCAGCAGCAGCGCCUCAACCAGUGCUCCCACCAUUUGGGACUUAAUGUCCAGCAGCCGAGCACCAACAACGCCCAAGCCCGCUAUCUCCAACAGCGCGCUUGCGAAAGUGAAAUUUCCCGCACGAAAAAAACCCGGAACAAAUGGCACUGAAAUGAUAGCGUGUUCGAAUCAUCUGGAAAUCACGCUGGGCAAGAGAGACCUGUUCCUCACCGAAUACGACGUGGCCAUGAAAUUGAUCAGCGACAAGGACGGCUCGCUGAAGGAGUGUCCCAAGAAAUAUUUCAAGCGCGGCUUGCACGCGUACGGCAAGAAGGUGUGGCCCGACAGACACCCUGCUUUCGACGGCAGCAAGCUGCUCUUCAGCUGCGGAAAAAAAUUGAUUGACGAACCUGUGACGCGGGACGUGACCGUGCGAAACGAGGAGCGAUACACCGAACGCGGCCAAGCGGAAAAAGCCAAACUGCGGAUCACGGUCAAGGAGGUCAACUCGGUCAGCCUAUCCGUAAUCGACGAGUUCAUGAACAACGAGGACGCCGUCCAGUUCCCGCAAUUGGCCAUCCAGGCCAUCGACGUCAUCCUCCGCAACUCUGGCAUGAACAGAUUCGUGUCGUUCAGCCGGAGCUUCUAUUUUCCACCACCCAAUCCAAAAAGUCUUGGACUUGGUAUCGAUCUCUGGCACGGCGUCUUCCAAAGCUCCACUCUUGGGGUUGGCAAAAUUUUUCUUAAUGUUGACGUUGCCCACAAGGGUUUCCCGCGUGCCCAGUCGGUGCGAGACUUGGUGGCCGACCUGGCAACAGGUCAGUCUAAAACAAACCAGGCGCCAUUCAACCCUGAGAGUGAUUACCAUUGGGGCACUAAGCGUUCCAUCGACGACCAGCUUCGCAAUUAUAUCAAAGGUCUGAAGGUUGAGUACGAGAUUCCGAACCUUGCUAACUCGAAGAGGGUUUACAGAGUGAAUGAAAUUGUUGCUGGACCUGCAACACAAAAAUUUAUGCAGGAGGGCCUGAACGGACAGAAAAAAGAAAUUACCGUGUCCGAAUAUUUCGCCAAAGAGAAAAAAUACAAAAUCCGCUAUCCAAACUGGCCCUGUCUGCACGUCGGGAAUAAGGAUAAAAAUAUCCUAGUGCCCAUGGAGCUUUGCCGAGUAGCGCCAAACCAAGUCACGAUAAAAAAGCUAAAUGACGACCAGACCAAAUCCAUGGUCAAAGAAGCAGCGACAGAGCCAAAAGUUCGCCAAUUAAAGAUCCUGGAAGCUUUUAAGAGCCUGAACGUAAACCAGGACCCGAUUCUCAAGGAGUUCCAAAUCGAGGUGCAUGCGGACAUGACUGAGGUGAAAGGCAGGGUGCUCGCCCCUCCCGCCCUCAAGUACAGGACUGACCAGCAUGUCAGGGUGAUUAACGGCGAGUGGAGGAUGGACAACCAGAAAUUCCAGUCGGUCACAAAAGAGGUGCGAAACUGGGCCAUUCUCGACCUCUGCCAAGCGAACAGAGACAUUCCAAUUAUAAGAUCACAGUUGGUGACAAAUGCCAACAGUCUCGGAUUGAUCAUGAGUGACAAGCCGAAAAUCCUGAGGAGCGACCAGAAGUCGUUCCACAAUUUGAGCGACUUGAUCAGAUUCUUGGAGAACCAGGCCCUGCAAGGCCCCUUUGACCUUGUGGUGGUCCUCAUUCCCGACUUCAUCGCAGGUCAAAGCCCUUAUGCGGCGGUGAAGCAAGUGCUGGAGAUGAAGCACAAAAUCCUGACGCAGUGCAUUCGUCAGAGGACGUUGAGGAAAUUCGAAAAAUCUACUGUGUUUAAUAUCCUGCUUAAAAUCAACGCCAAAUUGGACGGCAGGAACCACAGCAUCCACAAAGACAGCCGGCCACCGUGUUUCAGCCAAAAUGUGAUGAUCAUGGGAGCUGACGUCACGCACCCUCCUCCAGAGUCCAAGUCCUGUCCCUCCGUUGCAGCCGUGACUGCUAGCCACGACAAGGAGGACGUGUUCAAGUUCAACAUGCAGUGGCGGCUGCAGCCGCCCAGGGUGGAGGAAAUUCUGGACAUGGAGAACAUCACUUUGGCGCAUCUCAAAUUCUACGCGUCCAAAAACGGCGGGAAAUUCCCGAGCCGCAUAAUUUUCUACAGGGACGGCGUCAGCGAUGGACAGUUCGCCAUGGUUCUUACCUGUGAACUGGCAGCCAUCAAGAAGGCAUUGAAGGCGAUUGGGCAGACGUACAAUCCAAAAAUCACAUUCCUCGUGGUUCAGAAGCGACACCACACCAGGUUCUUUCCAAACAAAAAUGAUAAAUUGGCUGAUAAGGGAAACGUGCCUGCUGGCUUCGUGGUGGACAACACCAUCACGCACCCGAAGGACAUGGACUUCUAUCUCGUCAGCCACCAGAGCAUCCAGGGCACGUCUCGUCCGACCAAGUACAAGGUGCUGUACGACGACGCCGACAUGAGUGAAGACCAGGUGGAGCAGCUCACCUUUUACCUGUGCCACCUGUACACCAGGUGCAACCGCAGCGUGUCCUACCCUGCGCCAACCUAUUACGCCCACCUCGCCGCCUUCCGCGCAAAGCACUACUACAAUGAGGGACGCUCCACCAUUGACGUGAAUAAUGAGAAGGCGCUGAAUCUGGAGAGCACCAAGCUGAACAACAUGAUGAGCACUUUCAUGAAAAACCACCCGAUGUUUUUUGUUUAGUCAGCACUGUUUUAGCGAAACUACACGUUUUAUUUGUAAAUAUUUUUUGUCAACUGACUAUUUGAUAUUAAAAUUGUUGAUUUUUUGAGCCACAA